UUAACCGAGCCGGAUCUGCAUCUUGAGUAUAAAUGUUGGUGAGAGAGAAAUAAAAAUAAACGCCUUUGUCUUCCCAUCAUUUUGUUCCGUUCAAAUUCAGACUCGGUGCUGCGGCAAUAAAACAAGGUACGUGAUCCCAGAUGUCCAUUCCAUAAACAAGAUGCGGAAGCUAUUUCUUGGAUUAUUGUUGUCAACAUAUUUAAACGGCUGCCCAGGAUGCCUAAGAAGUAGCUCUGUUUACCGUUUAGAUACAAGCUGUAAACCGGGAGAGGAGGGAAAGCCCUACAGCAUGUGGUGUAACACAACAUGGCUCAAUGUGAGUGGAGUGGCCUGGUACUCUCAGACAAACUUGGGGAAAGCGUCAAGACUGACUCUAGAUCUUCUGUCCCGAAGUGAACAAAAUGAAGGAAUCGUCACUUGGGCGUGUAGCACACAUUUCCUCAACUCAUUGAUAGGGGAACUGUCCCUGUGUCACAUUCAGGUGUUUAAGAAAGCUGAAAGUGCGACCUGUGACAACGUUACGAUGCACACGGCAACAGGAAAGUUAUCUGUGAGAUGCCGUGCACACCAGAUCUUUCCCCAUGGAGUCUGCCAGCUUCGUGACAACAAGGAUCAAGUGAUGACCAACGACGUGGAGGUGGUGGUGAACAAUACUCUGCUAGGGAGAAACUUCAUGACAGAAUGCACAGUGACAUUUGAUGUCCCAUUUGAAGAUGACCAUCCAUACCGAGUCAUGAUAUAUCCUGAUGUCAUUGACGGCCAACAACACGGGACAUACAGCAGGAAGUUUGUGAAAGCUCCAACGAGGACUGUUUCAAGCAACGAAGAAAAUUUAAUCUUGAUCAUCAGCAAUGCAGUGACGGGUUUCCUCUUGGCGCUUGCCAUAAUAUGCUUUUGUAUCAUGGCAUGUGUACGUCUCAAGAAAAACCGCCAAAAGCAGAGUCCUGAAGCUCUCUAUGACACGGUGAACCAUGAAAUGGAUGUACGGGAUAGCCACAACUACAAGUCACUCUGUACUCGGGGAGAACAGCCCAACACAUCCCAGCGCCAGGUUAGGUCAGAAUUGGAAGAAAACUACAUCGAAAUUCUGGACAUAACAGAUGGGGACGGCUACCUGGUACCGACCCAAAACACCCCCUCUUCCCAGAUACAGCACUCUGCGUCCAAAUCCAAGCAGAACCCAGAUGGCAAAAGUUACAGGAACUCGCAAACGGAGAUUAAAACUUCACAUGCCACGAGUUACCGGGGCUCACAAACGGAGGUUAAAACUAUCUGUCAGUCAGGGAAUAAUAACAAGUUGAAACCUAACAUGUACACUAAAACUGAUGACUUGAAAAAAGGGAAACAAACAUAAUCAGCCCAAACUACAAAACUAUCUUAAAUGCAAAUAACAACAACAAACAAACAACAAACAAACAACAAACGAACAACAAACAAACAAAACAAAACACAACAUACCAAAGUAGACCUUUCUUUAGGAAGCGAACUAUCAUCGAUCGAACCCGCAAUCUCAACUCAGAUCAGAGUAGUUCGUUAUGAAAUAGAAAAGUGUCUUACCAAGUCACGUGCAAAAAGUUUGCAACCGAUGAACACGUGCGUCGAAAGAAGUCAAGAAAUCGAAGAAUCUCCAACUGAUAUCAUGAGUAGCUAUUUGGUAGAGAGCAACCAAACAUAGAAAUAUAAACAAUUACACAAAGACGAACGUGUUGUUGAAU